AUGCCUUCUCAAGCUUUGGCUGUGACAAAAAAAAGCAAGGCUCCGGAGGUUCCGGCCAGCAGAGGCCGUCUUCGGAGCGGUGCAGGUCAAGUUGGGCAGCGCCUUCGUGCCACGACCCAAGAAAUUACGCAGCCGCUUCUGAGGGACAGUGUUGGCCUUGAGGCUCGGAGCGGCUGUUUGCUUUUUGCCAGAUUCACAAAGUCGGUUUGCACCUCCCUUUCUGACCCACUGCUGCUGUGCAUGUCAUCAGGUUUCUCGGUUAUCAGUUGUGUGGGCAUGGCCGGGCAAACCACUGGCCUUACCCUCAGCCGCUGUCCAGCAAGGAGACGCCUCUUGCGCCCCUCCAGCAUGAACCCGCCUUUUGCUUGA